AUGAGUUUCUUCAAAUCUUUCAAAAACAAGUAUACACCAUUGGCACAGGAAGAUGGUGCACCAUUGCCUCCUCCUGUAACUCAACCUUCAGAGCCUCAAUCUGGAUUCAAAGCUCGGAUGCAGAAGUUGAAUCCGUUCAGAUCUCAGAGCAUAUAUCUAGAGGACGAUAGCAACUAUGUCACCCUGGAACCUGGGUAUUUUGAAUUGUCACGAUGGGACCGAAUGUUGAUUUUUGCAUUGACGUUUGGCGGAAGUGUCUGCUGCUACUUGAUCUGCAUCUUUCUCUUCCCAGUUCUCUCACUAAAACCUCGGAAGUUUGCCUUACUUUGGUCGUUGGGGCUGAUCUUCUUUUUGGUGAGUUUUGGUGUGCUUCAGGGCUUCCAGGCAUAUGUCACACACUUACUUUCGUCCACCCGGCUCAUUUUCACCGUGGUGUUUGUCACUAGCAUUAUCUUGACCUUGAUCUCGAGUUUGUCGUUGAAGUCUACUCUUCUCUCCAUAUUGUUUGCUGCUAUCCAGCUAAUUAGUGCCAUUUGGUACACGGUCAGCUACUUUCCUAUGGGUCAACAAACGCUCAAUUUGGCGUCUUCGGUUGCACGUUCCCAGGCAGAGUCCUGGCUCAAUACAUAG